AUGGAAAAUUCUUUUUCCAACUCAAACAGAAACGUUUAUACUCGAGAUUUUAUAAAUUCAGAACCACAGACAAACUUUAACUCUAAAAGACUCUACCAUCAUGAUCGAUCCACACCACCUAAUUUGAAUCUACAUUAUGAUAUCCCUCAAACAAACUUGGCUGACCAAUUUCCAACAAUUUUACUUACAAAAUCUGAGUUAGAAAAUGAAAAGAUCCAAUUUAACGAGAAUAAGGACCCAGAGGUUUCAUCAUGUGAACAGCUGGGAAACCUUGACACCAUGCCUAACGUUACUUUUUUCAGGGGACUAAAGCAAUAUUUUACCAACUCUUUGGUGGUAAAAUUGAAGAAAAUUGUAAACCAUAUUUACAAAAACGAUGCCGCACAUUACAGCGUAGAAAAUGACUAUAUAGUUCUGACGGCUAAUGAGUUCAGGGACAGAGCGCUUUUCAUUUUAAAAUUCAUUUCUUCGUCAGAAACAAACAUUGUUCACUUGUUUCUGGAGCUUAGAAACUGUUACAAGGUCAUUGAAAACAGCUCACUCCCAAGUGUUGGCUCAGUUUUGCACUCAAAUGGUUACUGCAAGCCCUGCGUGUUCGCAAAUAAGAAGACGAAUUACUGCAAAACAGGUUUCGGUUGUAACUUCUGCCAUUACAACCAUAAACUCACAAAGUCAAAGGGACCAUCAAAAUCCUACGCUAAACUUUCGAAUGAUAAUGACUUUUUCAAAAAGUUAAUCAGAUCACCGAGGAGUCCCGAGUCAUCCACUUUAAUUUCAACAACUCCUGAGGACUCCUUUUCACUAGUAAGUUCGAUGGGAUCACUGACCAUAAGUGAUUACAAGUUCAGGAAUGAGUUUAACUCUAAAAUUUUAAAAUACUCACACUCUGGCCCAUUGAGUCAUGAAAAUGGGACUUCAAAUGGAUUUCUAGAAACCCAUACCAUAAUAUGA